AUGCAUGGCUCACUCGGUAGAAAGCAGAAAAGCUCGGUGGCCUCUCCAUUAAAUCCAAGAACACCGUCCGUCUUGAUUCAACUGUUACCAAACGCGACUUUGAAAUCCGCGUUGAUCACUAAGUACACUAUUCAGAUGCACGUGGUAAUUAUCCAUCCCGAACAAUGGAAUGGCGGUUCAGAUCGGUGUACUGUAGCUCUCAUAAGGCAUUUUGUUUCUAAAGGGUAUAAGGUGACAUGGCUCACCACAAUGAUUGAUGAGUAUUGGAAGGAUCACAAAUUCGACGGCGUCGAUAUCCACGAAGUGAGGCUGAAACUUCAUCCAGGCGAUUGGUGGAGUCAGAACGUAGCCCUUGGCUGGUAUCUCAUCUUCAACAAUAUCAAACCCGACUUGGUGGUUAUCGACCAUUCAGCAAGAUGGUAUUCAAAUUUGAUUGGUGUCAUUGAAGAACACCUCUUUCAACAUACCGACGUCAUUAUGGUCAAUAGCCAUUUCACAGCCUCGCAAUUUAGUCGCGUAAUGCCACGUAUUGAAAAAACUAAAAUUCGGGUCGUCUACCCACCAUGCGAUGUUGACUCGAUUGUUAUAUCGGCCGAGAAACCGAUGAGUCGUCGUGAUCGACCACAGAACGAUGUGUACGUGUUCAUGUCAAUGAACAGAUUUUGGCCUGAAAAACGGCUUGACAUCAUCGUCGAGGCGGCCUCAUUACUAAAGAAACGCGGGUACAAAUUUCUGGUGCAAUUGGCUGGUUCCGUAAUGCCACACAUCCCGGAAAGUCGAAUAUAUUACGAAUUACUACAGAAGAUGGCUAGGGAUCUCGACGUCGAAGACGUGGUCCAGUUUAUCCCGUCCCCGUCUGAAUGUCAAAAAUUCGAGCUGUACAGGCAGUGCGAUUCAGCACUCUAUACACCUCCCAACGAGCAUUUCGGCAUUGUACCAAUCGAGGCAUUGGACCAACGUCGGCCUGUCAUCGUCUGCGACAGUGGCGGACCAGCCGAAACGGUGAUAGAAGACGUCACGGGCAGCAAGAUAAUGAAGCCGACGGGGGAACUGCUUGCCGAGGCAAUGAUGCAUCACAUCAAGAAACAGGACUGGCCAGCGCUCGACUGCGACGAGACUUACGAGAAACAACGUGUACGUUUCGAUCGCGAUUUUUCAUUACGAGGCUUUUGUGCACACAUCGACGAAGCCGUUUCGCAGCUGUUUCCCGAUCUGGCAGCGAUAUCAUCGCGGAAUCGUCGCGCACUUGCUUAG